AUGCCGCCCCUGCCCUCUGUGGACAGACCCCUUUUACAACAGACAGGUCUCACAGGGAAAGACGGGCCCCCAGGGAGACAGGGGCCCUCAGGAACCAUCGGGACUCCGGGAGCUCCAGGGGCCCCAGGAUCCACGGGCCCCUCAGGCAAACAGGGAGAGCUGGGUCCUCCGGGCGUUCCGGGGACCAAGGGAGACAAGGGCGAACGGGGUGACCUCCAGUCCACGUCCUCAGUGCAAGACAUCGCCCGGCAGGUCUGCGAGCAGCUUAUCCAGAGUCACAUGUCCCGAUUCAACUCCCUGUUGAACCAGCCCCCCAGUCCCCCAGUCUCAGUGCGGACUGUCCCAGGACCUCCAGGAGAACCAGGCCGACAGGGACCUCCGGGAUCCAACGGAGAGCAGGGUCUACCAGGGCGACCGGGCUUCCCAGGCACCAGCGGAACCAAUGGGCUGCCGGGGGAGAGGGGUCAGCCCGGAGACAAGGGAGAGAAGGGGUCUCAAGGGGUCGGAGUGCAGGGGCCCCGAGGCCCCCAGGGGCCCCCAGGAGCACAGGGACAGGGCCGGCCUGGCUCUCAGGGCCCCUCUGGUCGCCCCGGUAACCCAGGGACCCCCGGAAGGCCAGGGGUACCAGGGCCCGUGGGACCUGCAGGGCCUCCAGGAUACUGCGACCAGAACUCCUGUGUGGGGUACAACGUGGGAGAGGGCGAGGAGGAAGUGAUUCGGUCUAAUGUUCCCUCAGUCCAACUGCCAUCCAACGUGUUCCAAAACUACGGCGAGGAGACUGCAGACGAGGAGGACCCGUACCAGUACUACCAGCCCAACUACCCAGUCCCGCAGCCACUGGACCCCCAAGACCCUCUGCUGCAGGGGGGACAGAGGCGGAGGAGGCGGAGGGUGUAG